AUGCUUCUGUUUUCUGUAGGUAAGAUAUGCAUUGAAAUUAAAAACAUUCCGACCUAAAUAACAGAAGAAUAAAAUGGGGUUGGAAGUCAUCUGUUACCAGCAUGGCCAGCUUUUGUUCUAUGAGAGUAUAGUGGUUAACAGCAGUGGACUCGUAAUCUGGUGAACCAGGUUCGCUUCCCCGCACCUCCACAUGCAGCUGCUGGGUGACCUUGGGCUAGUCACACUUCUCUGAAGUCUCUUAACCUCACUCACCUCACAGAGUGUUUGUUGUGGGGGAGGAGGGAAAAGGAGAUUGUUAGCCGCUUUGAGACUCCUUAGGGUAGUGAUAAAGCGGGAUAUCAAAUCCAAACUCUUCUCCUUCUAUGGCUUUGACCCCCUGUUGAAAAGUUAUUGAGUUGGAACCAAACCCAUGUGUACUGCCCAGCUGUACUACAGAAGGGUAAAGGUGGAAGAAAAUUCCUUCUGCAAUAGUUACUUGAUCUCUGAUUAUGAAUAUGGUUUAUACGUUUUUAUUUGUAGACAGAAAUGCACAGGUACUCAGGAUAUGAAAAUAUAGACUUUUAGUAACACAAACCAGAACAGAGAUUAAGGACAUAGAGGAACUGGUGUCACCUAUGGGCUAAAAGAGUGUAUUUCCUUGGAAUUGGGAAAGUACCCACAUGGUGAGGGAAUUCCACAGUGGGGGUUUCAGCAACAUCAACUAAUCAUUACUACAAAUUUGCAAGCUAUCUAGUUAAGCAAAAGCAAAUCAGCAGAUAUGUUAAGCAGAAAUAACUAGUAUCAUAUCUUGAUACACCACAGUUUUCCUCUAUGGUGGAAUCUAGACACAUAUUUAAAAACACACUGUGAAAAUGCUUUUUAAAAAAAAAAAAAAGUUUUGAAAAAUAUAUUUAAUUUGCCAUAGCUCACCAUUGCCAUCUACCAUCACAUUUGUAUAAUGCACUUUACAACACACUUAAAACGUUUUAUUUGCAGCUGUAUAGCUGAGUCCUAUAUCUAACUAUUUAACUAUCAUUUAGCACCUGACACUUGUUGUUUGCCAUCUGCCAUGCAUAUAAUCUAUCAUCUGUCACCUAGCAAUCAUCUAUCGUCAUCUAUCUUUGGGAUGAGCAAAACUUUGCCCCGCCACAAUACUCUCCAAGCUAUUUGUGGAUGGCAAAAUGAGAGGGAACAUUUUGCCAAAUAUCCAGUGCUGUGGGGAGAGUAAAAUUCUCCUAUAGUUUCCCCAUCAGCCUCAUCCAACAGGGCCAAUCUGGGAUAAUAGGAGAUAUUAUCCAACAACAUCUGGAGGAUGCCAGGUUGUGGACAUCUGCAUGAAAGACUAACAUGAGUUUUGUGGGAAGCAUCGGCCAACGAGAGGUGGGGUUCACAUGAUGGUGAACGUAAUAGGCAUAGACAGGUAAAAAACUAUUGAGGAAGCAGCUGAAUGUAUACAUAUUUAAGAUGGUGACAUGUAAGAAUCAUGGAACACAUCUGUUUCUCAUACAUUGUUGGGCAAUCUCAACAAAUGAGAAUGGUUAUUAAUCCCACCUCUUACUGCACAUCUAGCUAGGCCUCCCCAGCCACUCUGGGCAGUUCCCAACAGAAUAUUAAAAACACAAUAAAACAUCAAACAUUAAAAACUUCCUUAAACAGGGCUGCCUUCAGAUGACAUAACAUUAUGUUCGCUGACUGGGAACGGUUAUGGACCACAGGUAUGAAAUUUACGGCAUGUAAUGCCUUAAGAGAGAAUAUUAUGAAAAUGAUAUACAGGUGGUACAUAACUCCAGUCAAGCUUGCAAAAAUCUAUCAUUUGCCCGAUAAUAAAUGUUGGAAAUGUAAAGAAACUGAAGGUACAUUUUUUCACCUUUGGUGGACGUGCCCAAAGAUUAAGGCUUUCUGGGAAAUGAUAUAUAAUGAAUUAAAAAAGGUAUUUAAAUAUACCUUCCCCAAGAAACCAGAGGCCUUUCUCCUGGGCAUAGUCGGCCAAAUGGUGAUAAAAAAGGAUAGAACUUUCUUUAUGUAUGCAACAAAAGCAGCAAGAAUACUCAUUGCAAAGUAUUGGAAGACACAAGAGCUUCCCACACUGGAGGAAUGGCAGAUGAAACUGAUGGACUAUAUGCAACUGGCGGAAAUGACUGGUAGAAUCCGUGACCAGGGAGAAGAGUCGGUGGAGGAAGAUUGGAAGAAAUUCAAAGACUAUCUGCAGAAACAUUGCAAAAUUAAAGAAUGUUAGAGUGAUGUUGGAUUGAAAAUAAGUGGCUUCCAGCUGUACAGGGUUUAAAGUAUAGAUAGAUUAAGAUUAAGGAUUAGGAUUAAAAAAGUUUAAGGAAAUGGAAAUUUGGUUUUUAAGAGGUAAAAUUUUAACGUUAUAUUAUAUUAAGACUAAAGAUUGGGAUUAAAAAAGAGAUAAAGAAAUUGCUGGACAAACAAUUUGAACUGGAAUACAAAAGAGGGAGGUAUGAGGAGGUCCAGAAAAUAAGUAAAUUUAAAAAUGGAGAUGAAAAGGCGAUAUUGUUUUUAACUGUUUUUUUUUUUUUUUUUUCUUUUUUUUUUUUUUGUUUUUUUCUUUUUUGGAUUAUGUAUUGUGUAUUUUUUGAAUUGUGUAUUUCUUUUUUAUGUUCUAUGUUUAAUCUUUUAUGGAAACUUUAAUAAAUAUCAUAUAAAAAAAACAGUUUGUCUUUUUUUUAAAUAAUUUUUUAUUAAGGUUUUAAACAAAGAAAAAAGAAAAACAACACACACAAAAAACAAUACAAAACUUAACAAUAAAAACAGAACAGAACAAUUAAAAACAAACUCUCUUUUCCAUUUCCAAUUUUAGAUUACUUAUUUUCUGGACUUCCUCAUACCUCCUUUUUUUGUAUUCCAAUCCACAUUAUUUGUCCAGCAGUUUCUUCAUCUCUAAAUAAGGUGUCAUUCAUCUUCCAUCUGAAGGAGCCAGUUGGUGUUAGUCUCAUUUCCAUCUUAACAGCAUUAUGGUCGGAGCAAAUUUUCGGGCAGAUUUCCACCUUUCUUGUCUUUGGUGCCAUUCCUCUAGUUAUCCAAAUUUGGUCAUUUCUUGUCCAAGUCAUUUUGGCUUCAGAAAAGAAAGUUCCCUCUUUUGCCAAGGGGUUUCUAAUUCUCCAAAUAUCCACUAAGUCCAAGUUGUCUGUCAUGUCAAAAAAGGUUUUCGGUAGUCUACCAUCUUUGGUGACUACCUGUCUUUGUGCCUUGUCCAUAUAAGUAGAUACCACUCCAUUCAUAUCUCCCAUCAAAAUCAUGUUGUAAUCCAUAUGGUCCAUCAAGGUCUCAUGCAACUUCUUAAAAAAAUCAGAUUUCCCAUCAUUUGGUGCGUAAACUCCUACAAUCAAAAAUUUUUCUCCUUGUGUUUGAAUUUCAAUUGCCACAAAUCUUCAUUGGUCAUCCUUAAUAUCUUAUUUUUGUGAUAAAUUGUCUUUUACGUAAAUCACAACCCCUCUCUUUUUAACUUUAUCUGACGAAAUAAAUUCCUGACCAAGUCUUUUAUUUAUCAACAAUUUCCUGUGUAAUCUUGUUAUGUGUGUUUCUUGUAAACAAAUUAGGUCCAAUUGUUCCUUUUAAUAUAUGAAAUACUGACUUCCUCUUCUGAGGGGAAUUCAAACCCCGACAGUUCCAUGUUAAAAGUUGCAGGGCCAUGAUGUUAUUGUUUUAGUUCUCCUCCUACUGCACCUAGUGCCUGUUCCUCAUCCGUCGGUGGUAUCCCUUCUUUCGAAAGGUCUUUUGGUUCCGGAGAUAGUUCUUUUUGUAGGUCUUCUCCGUGGUCUCUAUAAAAUUUGUCUUUGUCGUCUUCCGAUCUUAUUUUCCUCUUCUUUCCUUUGUAGCUAAAAGACAGGCCUUGAGGAAGUUCCCACCUGAAAUUGAUAUUGUUCCUUCUCAGCAGGGUAACCAAGUCUUUAUAUUUUGAUCUGAGAUCCAGAAGAUAUUUCGGAAUAUCUUUGAAUAUUUCCACCCUUGUCCGAUGGAUUUCCAGUGUCUUCUUAAAAUGUAGGCCCAAAAUCUUAUCCCUCUCUUCUUUUGUUCGAAAAGUAAUCAGACAGUCUCUCACCUUCUUCUCUCCUCUUCUCCCGAGUCUGAAGGCAUUUACUAUUCUGAAACUGUCUUUUACCAAUUCUGGAUCCCAAAAGUCCAAAAAUUCCUGCGUGAGAAAUUCAGCUAGAUUGUCCUUUUCCACCUCAGGUACCGAUCUGACCCGAAGAUUCACUUGCUUCUCCUUCAAAUCUAUCAUAGACAGGGUUAGUUUGUGGUCUUCCAAUUGUUUGUGCAGUGUUGGUAAUUCCUCUUGAACCUCUUUAACAUCCGUAGCAGAAGUUGUAGCAAUUUCUUUAGCCUCUUCAGCAAUCUGGCGAAUUGAGGCCGAUUCCUCUAAUAAUUUCUGAAUAGUCUCUGUGUUAGUAUUUACUUUUUGGCCCAAAUUAUUUAUACUUGCUGUAUUCUGGUUAAUACUUGCUGUAUUCUGGUUAAUACUUAUUGUAUUUUGAUCAAUCUUAUCAGAAGCCUCUGCUACUUGUUGACUUAUUUUAUUCAAAGAUUCAUUAACUUUGGCCAAAACUUGAGCAAAGGCUUCUUCACUUGUCGUGCUUUUUACCUUUAAUUGUGCCGAUGAGGCUGUUGUUGAGGUUCCAGAAGGGCCUGAGGCCGAAAAUCUCCUUUGUAAUCCUUCUUCUGUGCGAAGAGGCCUCCCCGAUCUUGUAGUCGAAGCAUCCGCCUUCUCUUUCCCAUCUGCCAUUCCUUAGAUAACGCCAAGGUCAGUCACGUAUUUGAAAUUGAACAGUGGAAAUUUCCUACCAGGCAGUGUGAAAACUCCUCAAGUCUGCUACAGUUUCAGUUGUAACAAAUUGUAACAGUUCCAAGUUCCACUAGGGGGACACUGUAACAGUCAUAAAAGUUCUUGGAUACUUUAAUUCCUUUUUUUUUUUUAAGCCCCCCUAGUUUAUUCAGGACGAAAACAGUCUAUUUAGAAUUUUUAACUUAAGACCAGGAGAUAUAUAUUCACAUAAAUUGUCCAAACUUUUAUUUCUUGUGCUAGACUAGCUGUCAAAAUAUAUUGCAAGACAGUACCUCUCUUUCUUUCCUGAGAUCUGGAGAUCCUUUCCCAGGGAGUUGAGUGGUGGUUCAAUCCCUUCUUUUCCACCCUUUAUGAAGAAAUCACAUCCACAAUUCUCCCUCUUUUCCCUCAAUUUUAAAAGGGAAAAGUCCAGGUUAGAUGAUUGGAUUAAAGUCCGCCAAAACGUACUUUCCAGUUGCUUCCGCUUUCAAGUUCAAUGCUUUAUUUUAUCUACAAAUAAAGAGACUGAAUUCCUUUUUAAGCCUCUUUCCGUUUUCGGCCAGAUUCCAGUUUUAUACAGUUCCAAUUUAAUUUGUAUCCUACUCACGGAUCGUUGAUUUUCAGGUCCGGAUUUUAAGGAAGAAAGGCAGCGCUCUCCGAUCAACAGCUUGCGGCUUCACACCACGAACGAGCAGACAGCCCACAGCACAGCGCUCUCCGCUUCAAAGCCCGUUGCCGGGCUUCCUACCGGGUUGGGGGGGGGCGCCAAAUGUGCCCGCUGGGUCCCAGGCUCACAGGCUUCUCCCGCCUGUGAUUUUUAGGGGUCCCCCGCUACGCCGAAAGCGGGAUCCGACCCUUAAUUCGUAGUGAGAUUUCCUCCGGUGGAGGAAAUCCGCCAUUAAUCGCUGGCGCCGCCUCCGGAAGUCCCCCCCCCAAAAAAACAACAACAACAGUUUGUCUUGUCAGGAUUCAGCCUCAACUGGUAGCCGCCAUCCAUCCAUAUUAGUAAAAUGCAUUACUAAUAGUGUUUCUUUUUUUGCAGAAGAUAUGGCUGAAGUAGGAUGACUGAUUUAUAUUUGUUUUGUCCUCCACUCAUGGAAUCCAUCAUCAGUAGAAUGCUUCUUUUGUGGAGGAUAAUCUCCAAAUAAAACUUUAGUCAUGACAUCGGGAGGAGCCAGGGCAGAGCUGAAUGCAGCAGCAGCACAGCUUCAGUGGCUGGCAGUUCCUCCUCUCUGGCAGUCAGCCUCCUCCUCUCCCUCUUCCUCCUUUCUGCUGCCACCAUCAGCCAGAGGCUGCUUCCUUCCCCUCCAUGGCAGCAGCAGAGGGAGAGAGCCAGCCACUAAAGCCAGGGCAUGCUUUGGUUCCAUGCUUGGUCUACUCUGCCUGAUGAUUAUUUUGGAACAUAGUGGGGGACCAGGCUUCCCCCCAAAAAAAAUUAUUGGGAAGCCAAAAGGGCUGGGCCCCUAGGAUCUGGUGCCCCUGGACAUCACCCUCCUGCAUAUCCUCCUAAUAGCAAGACAAAAUGUGAUGGAAAGCCCAGUUUAAUGUAAGCAUCAUUACAAUGGCUGUGAAUGAAUGUUGGCUACCCCACCCCUCCCAAUUCUACUGGGAGGGAGGGAACAAAAUGUUAGGUGCUAUUAACGAUACUACACUUACCACUACUGAACUAAAGAUUUCAAUUAUUGGACAAGUCCACCAAAUUUGUUUCAUAUAUGUCCUUGAGUGUCCACAUCUCCAGCACUUCUCACUGCAGCUAGCAUAUAUAUAUUUACAGUGGUACCUCAGGUUACAGACACUUCAGGUUACAGACUCCGCUAACCCAGAAAUAGUACCUCAGGUUAAGAACUUUGCUUCAGGAUGAGAGCAGAAAUCACAAGGUGGCGGCAGCAGGAGGCCCCAUUAGCUAAAGUGGUACCUCAGGUUAAGAACAGUUUCAGGAUAAGAACGGACCUCCAGAACGAAUUAAGUUCUUAACUCGAGGUACCACUGUGUCUGUGUGUAUGUGUAUUACUGAGUCUGUAUGGAGUUCUAUACCUUUGGUUAAUGCGCUUCCUUUGUGCAGGAGAAACUGAGAAUGAAAAGUUGAGAGGCAUACAAGCAUGUGAGGCUAAAGGAGGGCGCUGCGCUGACACCCGCUGUCCUGAGGGAUCCGUGGAAAUAAAAGUUUGCUAUUACCUGUCACCUUGCUGCGAACCCACCAAAUAG